AUGAGUGCUAGUUCCCUUACCAUGAACCCGAAACCAGAUCGAGAUGUCAUCGAAGCAUAUUGCAUUUUAUAUAAUCGGGCCCGCUACGAUCCUAGUCCGUAUACCGAGUCAGACUACUUUCGCUUCCUCGAAAUACACCAUCAGCUUCUAGAAAGUGUGGUCGCCAAGGAACUACUGCUAUCUUCAGAAUCGCCUAACAGGACUACUAAGGGGCUAUAUAAACGCCGCAAAACUCCAUAUUUUAAAGACAUGCCUAAACCUAUGCGAUCAGUCAAUCCGAACUUCCUGGAGAUGGAAGCCAUCUCCCAAGCUGCUAAAAAUGCUCCUAAAGAGAUCGCUCCUUCUGGUGGCGCUGGAAGCACCCUCCGGUCACCCCUUAGUAGAAGCGGAAGUGCAGCGAGUGACGACUCACAAACAGCUCUCAUCGGACUUGACGACAGCCGUAAUGAUUCAGGGCGAGUGGGGCAGUGA